AUGUUGGCUACUCUGAUUGCAAAAUCUGACUUGAUCAUAUGGGACGAAGCUCCAAUGGCUCACCGUCAAGCGUUUGAAACUCUAGAUCGCACGCUUAGGGACUUACAGUCUCUGCAUAAUCCAGAAGCAGCUAAUAAACCUUUCGGAGGGAAAACAGUGAUAUUUGGUGGUGAUUUCAGGCAAGUUUUACCUGUUGUUCCUCAUGGAAGUAGACAAGACACCGUUAAGGCAUCUAUUAGCAAGUCCUACCUCUGGCCAUAUGCACAAGUUUACACGCUAAACACCAACAUGAGACUCAGUCAAGCAGACAGAGAAUUUGCAGAAUGGAUUCUCGAGGUGGGGAAUGGUACGGCGCCAAUUGUGGAGACAGAUGAAGUAAGUUAUGAUGGUGGAGAGGAGGUUCUAAUUAAAGAUAAAUUCAUGCUGCCGAGGUCAGAUAAUCCUCAUCUAACUGUAUCAGACGCUGCUUACCCUGACUUUGUUAAGAACCAUCUUACCCAUGCUUACUUGACAGAAAGAGCUAUCUUAGCUCCAACAAACGCAAGUGCCCAUGAAAUUAACUCUUAUCUACUGUCUAAAGUUCCUUCUGCCGAAAAAGAAUUUCUAAGUUCAGACAGUCUUGCCUUUGAGAGUACACCCGAGGAUGACUGGACAAAUAACUACCCUCAGGAGUACUUGAACUCACUGGACUUUCCAGGUCUGCCACCUCACAAACUAUGUCUGAAAGUCUGUGCUCCAGUCAUGAUGCUCCGCAACCUCAACCAAAAAAAUGGGUUAUGCAAUGGAACCCGGAUGAUGAUCUCACGCCUUGGCCACAGGGUUUUGGAGGCUGAGCUAUUAACCGGUACUCAUGUCGGGGAAAGGGUCUUGAUUCCAAGGAUUCAGCUUUCACCAACCGAUACUAUACAUCCAUUCACGUUUCGCAGGCGGCACUAUCCAAUUAGAUUGUGUUAUGCAAUGACAAUAAAUAAAAGCCAAGGCCAGAGUCUGAAGCAGGUAGCCCUCUAUCUCCCAAGACCCGUUUUCAGUCAUGGGCAAUUGUACGUUGCUCUCUCUCGAGUCACAACUCCGGAAGGUCUACGAAUUCUAGACGAUACAGAAGGUGCAACUAGAACAGAUGCUGUGACCAACAUUGUUUACAAAAAAAAUUUCAACAACCUCUUGACAAGCAACAGGUGCGCAACUAUUCCAGUUACCAACAACCCCAGAGACGCCCACGGUCGUCUUCAUGAGAUGGAGUCGGGAUAA